GUCUCAUUCUCCCCCAACCUCUUUCCUUCACUUUCUCCCCCCAAAUUUGGAUCGAACGAAUUCGUUAAAUAUAAUCUCUUAAAACACGCGGCGAACGGGAUCGGCGAGGGAGAUUGAAACGAAACGUUUGGAUCCCACUUCUCGGGGGAUAAUCGUGUUUUUUUUUGGCACUGAUUUGGUUUGGGGUUAGGGUUUCGGAUCUGGUCCGUUUCGCCCCAAAUCCGUCGUCCAUGAACGACCAGACGAUGAUGAUGCGGCCUCUGAUGCCGGCGCCGCCGCUGCCGUAUCAGGUGUGGGCGGCGGCGCUGGCGCAGCAGCAGCAGCCGCCGGUGGGGUUCGCCGCCGGCGGGAAGCCGGCGAGGCCGGCGAGGAAGCGGCAGCACCAGGGGUGGAAGCGCAAGGCGGCGCCGGCGGGAGCUGCGAGGUGGGGCGGGUCGGCGGCGCCGCGCAACACGACGUCGUACCUGAUCAGGGCGAAGCGGGCGGGCGGCGUGGCCUCGCUGGUGUCGCCGUGCCCCGUGACGCCGGCGGUGCUUCCGACGCCGCGGCUGUCGCCGGCGAGGGAGGUGCUGGUGGAGAUGGCCAAGGAGGCGUGGGGCGUCGACGGGUACGGGUCCAUGAAGGGCCUCAUCCGCCUCCGCUCCCAGGCCGCGGCCGACGCCGGCGCCGAGGGCGAGGGCGUGGACUCCGGCUCCGGCGAGAGCGACGUGGAGGAGCACGUCGAGGUGGAGCGCCGCCUCGACCACGACCUCAGCCGCUUCGAGAUGGUGCAGCUCCCGGCCGCGGCCACCUCCGACGACGAAGACGACGAGGACGCUGACGAGGAGGCCCGCGCGGCGAGGCUGGAGGAGGAGAACCUGACCCUGCGCGCGCGGCUCUUCCUGAUGGAGCGCGACAUGGCCGACAUCCGCCGCCGGCUCCUCGCCGUCGAGGCGCUCUGCCGCGACCGCCACCGCGACGGCUGCGUCGUGGACGCCGCCGUGCCCUCCGAGAGCCCGGCCGCCGUGAGCGGCGACGAGGCCGGCGCGGUGGACGCCAUGAUACUGUGAAGAUGGAGGAGGCAUCGCCGCCCAUGGCGCGCCGGCCGAACUGUACAUAGGUUACCGUUUCUUCUUCCCUGUGCAGGUGUCGAUGUGAAGAGUAGGACGGGCGAGGCAGGAGGACAGUUUUAGCCUAGAAUUACUCUUCGUUGAUUUCCCCUCAAAUCUCCCAGUAGUUUGAUCUCUCUUCUAGCGCCUAGUCAGAUUUCCGUUUCGUGUUCAUGUAGCAGUAGAAAUCAAAUCAACAAACCAAUGUGAUGGCACACGAAGAACACACGACGACGUGGGCGUUCCCCGCAAUGCCCCCUGUAGAUCUCUAUCAACUAGUCUUCUCUCUAUAGUAGCGUUUACCAGACUUCAGCACUGCUAAUCUGAUAAUCAAUCUCCAGCCAUAUUACUGUAUAUUUGUUACUCUUUUGCGACUUCAGAAUGCUACUCCCAUUUCGUCAUUA